CAACAGGCAUUUCACCGAAUGUUGCUGUAUGAGUUUUGAUACAGUACUUGAACAAACGUUCCAUCCAGUUUCAUCAUGCAAGGUUUAUUUUUCCUAACAGUUUCGGCUGUAUUGGGCGUCAGCUAUGCCGGCGUGGUAAAGCGACAGGCAGGACAAAGCCCAGGCGUAUGGUCAGCGCUGGACCAGCUGCGCGGAAAAACUAGGCUCUCGAUUGAUGAUAUUAGAGAUCUACUAGUUAAUGCCAAGCCCGGGCAAGAUUAUCCAAAUUUGGAUGACAUCCCACCUGGAAAUUUUGACUGUGGCGCUCAUAAACCGAUUCUAUGCCGACGUUGACACCAGAUGUCAAGUUGUCAGACGAUGUGACAUAAACGGCAACCAGACUGCCUAUAUUUGUCCAAACCUUACGAUCUUUAACCAAAUUACAUUGGUUUGCCACUGGUUCUGGGAUGUUGACUGCAGUAAAGCUCAACAAUUUUACGACUACUCAAACAGCCGCCUCUAUCAAGGUCACGACGUGUGGCUCCUGGACAACGAAGAUUCGUACGUUAUUGCCGAGAACAUUAAUGCACUCCCGCCGGUCUCCGGACACAAAGGAAAAAAGAAGGGAAAGAGCCGCAAUAAGGCAGCAGCAGAAUAGAUAUUGUUGCGUUUGUUAAUGCAGAUUCAUCCUCGCCUAUACCGACCGUACAUGUCACAUAAUUCCGUUGUUUUUCUUGAAAUAUAAAAAUUAGUGUUGCCCAUUUGUUGGAUUCUGUACUCGUUUCCUUUUGAAGUGCGAGUACUGUGUAGUUUGACCGUUUUACCCAUGUUUUAAAUGUGGUGGUUAUAAUUUAUACAAGACAAUUACUAGUACUGCUAGAAAAAUACGAUUGAAGCCUGAAGGAACAUAUUUAGUAAUUUCUUUAUAA